AUAAACCAACUUUUUAAUAGGGCUUUUCAUCGAUUGUCAUUUGUUUCGAGCUGCUGUCAUAUGUUGUAUAAUCUGUGUAUAAUCUCAUAUCCUCCCUCGUCCCCGUCCUUCAUUCAUACUCAUCAUUUCAUUCUGUCUGUCAGAUUAACAAAAGGUAAAGUAAACAACAAAAUGGGCAAAAUGGCUAACAAUAGGAAAACUCCAGUAAUGGCACUUCAGGAACUAGCAGUAAAAAAAGGUUUUCCGGUUCCUCAAUACGAAAUAGUUGAUAGUAUUUUAGGUACUCAUAACGAUCGAUUUGAUUGUCGAGUAAAAGCAUGUGGAAUGGAAGCAGAGGGAACCGGCACUUCGAAACAAAUCAGCAAACACGAGGCUGCAUAUAAACUCUUAAAAUUACUCGAAGAGGGUGGUAUUUAUGACCCAAAGGAACUACCGGUUCAAGAAUUUCAAGUCGAAGUUGCUGGUUUAGAAAAUGGUAGUUCGGUAGAGGCACCUGUUAACUGGAUAGGUCCAUUGAUCGAAAUGUGUGCUAAAACUAAAAUUGAAGAUCCUAUGUUCAAAGAAAUAUCAGCUGUUGGAUUAUCACAUUCUAGGGAAUUUACCUAUGAAUGUCGCAUUGGUUCUUUGAAAACACUUGCUGUUGGCAGAACAAUAAAGAUGGCUAAACACUUAGCUGCAAAAGAAAUGUUAGAAAAGUUAAAAGAUAACGAUAUUCUAUCGAUUUUAAUAUUAGAAAACCCUAAGAAGGAUCACCAACAACGCUACAAUAAGUUAAUGACAUCAGUUGUACGUAAUAAAAUGGCCAAAUUGAAGGAUUUUAUAACAGUUUUUCAUGACCUGAUGGAAAAAUAUGAGAAAAACAGUGACGUUUUCAUUAAUGAUUUGCGUGAACGUACAGAAGAAUCUCUUGUUAGAAUUUUAAAGCAGCUUAAGCUAAAACAUGACAUUUUGGUCGUAAAAGACGAAUCUCCAGUUAUUAUAGUUUUACAUGUCAAUUGCAAUGUACCCUAUGCUGUAAUGGGUAUGGGUGCCACAGUAGAACAAGCAAAAGAGGAGGCACUAGACGAGACAUUCUUGCUGCUGGAUGGCUUGAUUCAGCAAUAGUAUUCAGAUUGUUUAAGAAUCAGAUAGUUUAAGUUUAAUGGACUGUUUAAUGGAAUGUAAUUUUUGUUAGAUUUAAAAAUUGUUUUUUAUUUUUGUAAAAUCUAGCAGGAGGACAAAUAAAGAGAUUUAUUUCGAAUAUAA